AGCUUAAUUAUUAUAAAGUGAUUAGUUGAGUACUAUGAGCGGAAUCCUGAAUCAGAUUCUAAUAGGAAUUUGAAACCACAUUACAGGUCUUGCAGUAAAACUUUUGGUGCUGUAUUUGUCAACCGACUACCUGUCCAUAAGUGCAACUGCAAAAUGCCGCAGAAAAGCCAUAAGAAAAUUAAAAAGGAACAGAAAACCAAAGUCAAAGUGAAGUCAUCCAAGACUGAGUUGCCAAAAGGUCAAAAUGUCACGGAUACAAGCUUCAAAGUCCGAAAAAUUCAAUUAAAAGAGCAGUUUCCUGGACACGAUGAUUCUGAAAGUACACCAGGAAGGAAAUUGAAUAUAAAGGAAUUAAUAUCUCGAUUGAGACACCACAACUCAAAAAUGCGAAGCAGUGCUCUAUCUGGUUUGCGAGAUGUUGUCUUGUCCAGAGAGGAGGAAGUUUUGAAAUCCUUUUUUGUCACAAUAUUGGAGGCCACCGCUCAACUUGCCAUGGAUGAUGACUCAGCUGUGCGUCAAGCAGCUAUCUCUCUUCUUGGCAGCAUUCUCUCCAAGGUGAAGGAAGAAAAAUUAGUGCCUCUUUUGGAGCCAUUGAUGCGUUAUUUGGCAUGUUGCAUGAGCCACCUAAAUGCAGACAUCCGCACAGACUCAUUACACUUGAUCGAUGUGCUGUUAACGCUACCACCUCAUUGUAGCAGUGAACUCUUCAUGGCCACAAUUUUCCCUCGUUUUUUGGACAUGAUCUCAUCUUCUGGUGAAAAGGGCGAUUCAAAACGAUCUUUACUUGUAGACUUGCAUGUGAAUACUACCUCUACAUUAUGGAGAGUUGGAGUGCUUAUUAGGCUUCACCGGCUUUUGGAAGCCAUCAGUCAAUCCUGCUCCCUGAAAGUGACAGGUGAAAAUAAAGUCAACAAUAUGAAAAGUAUUACCUGGUCGGAAGAGGAAUUUAUUCACUUACCAUUGUAUCAUUCAACAUCUAAAAAUUAUUCAAAAUUUGAGCCUCUAGAAUUGAACAGACUAGCAUUCCAAAAGCGGACAGAGUUAGGAUCUAACAAUGUGCAGUAUUAUGCCAAUGUCUUAAUGCCUCUCUUGAUGGAUUCUUUCACAGAAGUAACAACUGAGUUUCGUCAUUCCCAUGAAGUGUUUCUAAUAUCCCUUGAGGCUGCUGCAUUGCUCUCGUGUAUCACAGGCAUCAUUUUAUCUCUUUGGGACUUGCUGUCCUCUUUUAAUUCAUCUGGUGAUCAGCUCACUUGGUUUAGGCGCACUUAUGCAGAACCUAUUCGAAAAAAAUUUAUUCUUGAUAAAUUUCCCUACAACAUAGGGAUCAGCAAUCGAACUGAGGAAAGCCAGGAAAUAUUUGAACUGUUUGAAAAAAGUAAGCGAUCUAUGGACCAAACAUGCGUGGAACAAAACAUUAAUUUGUGUCAUAUAGCUGCAUUGAUGGUGCCUCAAGCUUACCCAGAAUCAAUGGCAAAAUACAUUUUCGGUUAUUUAGAUGAAGUAGAGAACAUGAGCAGACUGAAAGCCAAUACUUUGAUUUCAUGUUUGAGAGCUCUAAUUGAUGCCAAAAAGAACAGAAGAGGGCCUCUAAAGGGUGUAGAUUUUCCUCAACUCAUCCACAAGGUAGUGGCGUUAUAUUUUAAAUUCAAAAAAACACAUGACGGCGAGACAACUCUGAGUCUUCUACAUCUGUUAUCAUCAGUAGUUAUGGAUCCCCAGUUCAAAAAACUUCACAGAGAUAAGCAGUUAACUCGUUGGUUAGGAUCAUUGCCAGAGUUGCUAUGUCAAGAGAUAAUUUGUUUCAAAACUGUUAAAAUAGUCGUUAAAAUCGCUACCCAUGCUCCUCCUGGAUUUUUGUUUGGCUUAGAAACCUGGAUUGAGGCCAUUCUAGAUAAUCUGCCGCAGUUUUCACUCACGGACAAUGAAGAUAAUUUAGAUGAGGCAAAAGGACUCAUUGCAGGACUUGUAUAUUAUAUAAAAAAUUGGGACGAAGAUCUUGUGAAGAGCAUUGCUCGGGGCGUAAGCACAAAUUACUUCGGGACGUCGCUCAGCUCUUACAUUAAGGACUUAGUUGAAGAUAGGAUUGGAUCAAGUUUACCUGAAUCUGAAAAAGUGGCUACAGUUUGACAAAAACCAUUGUAAAUAUCAAGGCUUUACCAGGACUCAAAUUUUUGAGUGGAAUCGACCUAUCCUUUAACAACUAUAAAUAACAUGAGUUUUUUAUAGUUCAGUACAAUUUAACACCAUUGCUUUUUUAAGCAAGGAAUCUGAAAUUUUAGUCAAUUAAAGUAAUUCAUCGUAAGUUCAAAAGCUUGAACCGAAAUUUCAUUGACAGUGCUAUCUAGUCAUUUGCAAUUCAAAGUUCGUCCAGAUUAAACCAGGCAAAAUGCAAUUUUAUUCAAAAUCCAGAAUAGUUCAAGAGAUUGGAACUUCCUCCUCAAAUCCUUACUUUCACAGAAACAUUUGGUAAAAGAAUUAACUUGCAAUACUGUCAUGCUAAUAAGGAAGAACGCCUUAUGAGCCUUUGAACGUCACUGCAUUUCCUUUAAUAAAGUACGAAUUUUUGGAGAAACUUUUGAAUACAUUUCUUCUAAAUAUUCAUAGUAUUUUACAUGCAUUUUUUUCUAAAAUGUAUGAAAAUUUGGAACUGAACAAACAAAUUCAUGUCAUUUGGGGAAAUUGGGAAAAUCAAAAAUUUUUACAUGGCGUUCCUCUUUAGCACGACAGAAUAAUUUUCUUUGAUGAAAGAAUUUAUAAGAAGAUUGUAAGAGCUCUUUCAUAAAGUAUAAUUUUGAAUCUACUGAAAGAAUCUCUAUUCUGAACAAGUGUGUGACCAAGAGCCAAUGGAUCUAAAGAAAAAAUUUUGGAAACAUGAUAAUAAUUUUUUUGUGGGCAGAAUGCAAAAAUUGUCCAGCUGUAGUUAAUCCGAAACAUUGAAUGAGAUAUUCUAUGGCAUUUGUCUAGCCCUAUGCACAGUCAAGCUCCUCUUGGGUGAUGUAACCCAUUACACAUGCAAGAUAGAGAAGUAAAUAGUGAAUGAACUUGACCCAAGUAGGUCUUGGAAAUUCAGCUCCGAUGUCCCGAAAAUCCCUCUGGUGCAGCUCUACGCAGAAAGUAAGCGGCCAAGAGAAUUCAUUCCAAGAAUGAGAUGCAAAAUUCCUAAAAUUGCAAAUCAUCUCUUAAGCUACAGGUGCCACGCAGUUUUCCUUCAAUAUUUUGAGUUGUUGAAAAUUAAUUAUAAUGCUUUGGCUUUGGGCUGUAGAUUUUCAGUAAUAUCACUGUUGCUUUUAAAGUGAUAUUUUAUCAUGUACAAUUUUCAGAACAUUGUUGUAAACAUUGAAGCUCAGUUAAAGUAAUAAACCAAUUUCUUUUUUAGUGUGGC